AUGAUUGUCUUAGAUAGAAUGAAAAUUUCUUUCAUGUUGGAAGAUUCCAACGAUAAUAAUAAUAAUAACAAUAACAAUAAUAAUUCUAAUAAUAAUAAUAAUAAUAAUAAUAAUAAUGGUUAUUGUGAUGAUUCAUCAGCAACAUCAUCACCAACUGGUCAAGAUUCGACAAUUGAUAGACCAAAUUCACCAUCAUCAUCAAUUAAAUUCACUUAUCCAUCAAAGAAUUCUAUAGUUACAUCACCAUCUUCAUUACAAUUGCCAUCACCAUCAUUCUCAUCAUCGUCAUCAUCAUCAUCAUCAUCUUCUUCUUCUUCAUUAUCAAAUAAAGAUUUAAUGGAAGAUGGUGUAAUUUUAUUAUCAAAGAUUGCUAGCCCAUCAAAAUCAUCAGAAAAUUCACCAACAAUUCACACAUCAUCAUUGUCACCAAAUUCAUACCACCCAUAUCAAAAAUAUCAAAAACCAAAAUUACAUGUUGAUCACUAUGUUUCCAAUAAUAAUAAUAAUAAUAAUAAUAAUAAUAAUAAUAAUAAAAAAUCUGAUUAUUCAUCCGAACUCUAUAAUACCUCACCAUCAAUCUCUUCUAAAACAACUCCAAAUGGUUCAUCAACUAAUAAUUCUCCAUUUUUAUCACCAAGACAACCAUUAUUUGAUCAUUCUAAUAACAACAACAAUAAUAACAAUGAUCGUAAUGAAAAUAAUACAACAAAACAACAACAACAAUUAAAUCAAUUAAAUCAAUUAAAUAAUAAUUUAAAUUCAGUAAAUAAUUCAUUAUUUGAUUAUAAUGGUAAUUCACAAGAGUUGCAACAAUUAAUUCCAUCAUCACCAACUAGAUCACCAUCAGGAGGAUCAGGAUCAGAAUCUGAAGAGAACGAUGGAGAAUCUUCACCAAAUAAUAUGAGAUCAUUGGCCUGUAAUAAACAUAGUAAAUGGAAGAAGAAAUGCCCAGAAUCAUGUACCGGACGCCUAUCACCAGUUGAGAUUCCAAUUGCCACUAGAAAACUUUGGUCACAAGAAGAAUGUUGUAGAUUAUUGGAGAUGGUUUUCCAAAGAGAUCCACAAUCUGUCACUUCAAAAGAGAGUGAAUUGCGUUGGAGAUCCAUUGCCAGUACAUUGGGUCGUACUGUAACUUCCACCAGAAAGAAGUAUAUGAGAUUAAUGAAUAAAUGGUCCCCAAGACCACAUUGUGUUCAUCCAAUCUCAAAAUUAAUCGAUCAAAAUGAGAAAUUGUUACUCUUACAAACCAGUACCGAAGCACAACAACAAGUUCAACAACAACAAAUCAAUCUCCAACAAUUCUAUCAAGCAUCACAACAAAUGACUCAAAAUUUACCACCACAACAACAACAAUACCACCAACAACAAAUGAAUCAACAACAACAAUUGAGUCAACAAUUAAGUCAACAACUUACUCAAUACAAACAAUUUCAACAACAACAACAACAAAAUAAUCAACAAUUUCAACAACAUCUUCAAUUACAACAACAACAAUUGGCUGCCCAAGCUCAAGUUCAACAUCAACAAGCUCAACAAAAUUUACAAAAACAAAUUCAACAACAACAAAAACAAAAACCACAAAAUGGGAACACUCAACAAAAUAAUAAAUUAAAAAACCAAAACCAAAAUCAAAAUCAAAAUCAAAAUCAAAAUCAAAACCAAAACCAAAACCAAAACCAAAAUUACAACCAAAACCACAACCAAAAUCAAAAUCAAAACUACAACCAACAAGGUUCAAACCAAUAUUUAUCAUCAAUUUCAUCUUAUUCUAAUAAUAAUAACAACAAUAAUAACAACAAUAAUAGUAGUAAUAAUAACAACAAUUAUUAUAACAACAACAACAAUAAUAAUAAUAAUAAUAAUAGUAACAACAAUAGCUAUUAUAACAACAAUAAUGGUAAUAAUAAUAAUGGAAAUAAUUAUAAUAAUAAUUAUAGAUCAUCUUUAUCACCUCCACAUUCACCACAUGAAAGUGAUAGACAAUCACCGCAACAAAAAUCAAAUAAUGAAAACCAACAAAAUUUUCCAAAAUUCAGAAAACCAAUUGGACGUCCAGCCCAAUCAUGUGAAGCACAUCGUAAUGAACAUCAAAAAUGUCCACCACUUUGUCCAAACCGACCUGAAAAUUUAAACAACAAUAAUAACAACAACAAUAAUAAUUACAAUAACUAUCACAAUUAA